AUGUUGCCCUCCACCGCACUCUUUUCCGCUAUAGACUGUCCGUUGCUCAGGGCGAGUCGGUGCGACCGACCUUUCUGUAAAUACAAACAUGAGGAGCAAACGCCUUCCAGCUCUCAAAUAGCAAAUAUACCAUGUCCCGGAGGGCACAGUUUGACCCCUGUCAAUGGAACACUGAACAGCAAAGAAGACAGUGAUGCUUGUCUUCUGGAGCUAGAACGGAUUAACAAAGAAAUUGAGACCGUGAUGGGGGAAGUGGAGAAGGAAAAGGAGAGACUGACCCGCUACCAGUCAGCACACGGGAACGGUGUCCGUUCCUGCUCAGAAAAACGUCCGAUUCCCCGUGAGGUUCUGCCGAGCCACCAGAAGGAAAAAAAACUCAAACACACAAAGUCUGUUGUGUCUCAUUCGUCUGUUUCUAAAUAUGUGGUUGACCAUUCCAGGCCGAAGACAGACUUAGAAUAUGACCCGUGUUCCAAUUAUUCUGCUGAUUUGCUGUCAAACACUUCCAUGGAAUGUAAAACAAGGGUAUUUGAUAGAGUGGAUAUAGAGCGUGAACACAACUUGAAGAGAAAAGGAGACCAGAUUAAGCUUCUGUCUGACAAAGAUGAUGAUGAUGAUGGUGAUGGUGUGUUGGUCAUCGAUAUCCCACCUCUGGAAAAUGACAGUAAGCAGGAUGGGCCCCCAAAGCGAAAGAGAAAGAGAAAUCAAAUGGAAAAUUCUGAAGGAGUCGUGAACGUGGACGAGGACAAACAGAAGAGAAACAGACCGCGCAGGUCUUUUACGACGCUUCAAACCGCGUCAUCAAAACAAACCCCGUUCCAAGAAAAGAGAAGACUUAAAAAACUGUGCAAGACUGCCAACUCACGAGGCCCGGGGUCACCUGAGAGAGAUCUCGUCAUUGAUGUGUCUCCUCCAGAGAGCAGCCUUGAGAAGCACACUGGACGGUGUAAAGAGCCAACGGACUCUCCUGAGAAGGCAAUUCUCCUCAACACUGCUGAUGGUAACCGGAGCCAAGAGAGGCCAUCAAAGCAAAGCGGCGCUACCACAAAGGGCCCUCAGUCCUCUGAAAGUGACCUACUCACUGACACGUCACCUGUAGAAAAUCAAGAGAAGAAGCAAAGAUACCCGCAGCGAAGCGAGGUCACCUCCACCGCAACACCGGAACCUCCCCAAAGAGAUCUUGUCAUUGAUGCCCCCACGCUUAACAAUGAAGGCAACUUGGAAGAGUGUGCUGAGCAGUGCUCGCUAGCUACAAAAGAGUCAUUGACAUCUGACGGCGCAAGGACACCUUCCUUAGUGACUGACGCUGUAGCCACAACCCCCUUUCGUCAGCCGGAAACGCAGCUGACAUCUUCACAAAGUGGAAAUCUUGAAGGCAGAAGGCACCUUCUUCAUGGUGAAGACAAUGCACCAAACAUGGAAAAUGUUUUGAGUGACAUAUCCAUAUGUCUGAACAAUCUGAGGAGAGAGAGUGAGAAAAUCGGUCGUCUGCAGGAGGUUUCACCCAUUCCUGCUAAGAAAGACAAUUUAAGUGGUCCAGCUACUCCAGCGCCACCUGUGGUGGAAGCAUCAAACAAUCCUGUCAUCCAAAUUGACUCGGAUUCUGAAGAGCUCAAUUAUUCUGAUCUUGACAUAUCGGACACUGAUCCCAUGGAAGAGUGCUACAAUAUAUUCAUGGAAGCCAACAAAAGCAGUGGUUCCAUUGUCCAAGAUGACACGACACAUCUUCCAGAGGUAGAGGUGAAGCCCAACCAACCUCCGAGCCUAAAAAAGAGAGUAGCACAUGUGGCUAAGUUUGAGGUGAACAAAAACAAAGCACAAGCUUAUGUCCCUCUCAGAGGAGCUGUCCCUCAGGUGGCGAAUCCCUCCAGGAUCCAACAGUGUCAGAGAAGGGCCAACGCACUGACUGGUGCGGUGAAGGGAGGACAGUCGUUUUUGGGUGCUAAUGGACCACAGAAAGUGUAUACACACCCCAUUGCUCUCCCCAACGCUGUGCAAAACUCCUGCCUGAACAUCAUUCCGGUCGGAGCCACUUUGCAGCUGGGACCGAAUCUCCACCUUAUUGUCCCUGAGGGUAGCUGUGCGAUGCCUGUGACUUUGGUUCCCUCCACUGUAGCAAUGUCACGUCCAAUGCAACCCCUGCCCCCCCCACAGCCGUCACCACCACCUGGUUUUACGCCCCCCAAGCCAGUGGCCACCAAACGCAAAGUAAAAACGCGUCCAGAGGUGGUUGCCAAAGUCCCUCACGAUACACGACAACGUUACGUGAACCUGUUUGUAGAGGAGUUCCUGAAAACUUCGGGCACGGUGCAGGAUGCCUUUGAAAAGGCGCUGGCCGAGGAGAAGACUCUGUACGAUCGUAGUGUCAAUAAACUCAAGUAUCUAAGUGUAGCCGUGAACACUCUGAAGAAACUCAAGAACCAAAACACACACUCUGCCAAAGCUUCUGCAGAAGGGGCGGCCCAAGGGUCCAGAGGGAGUGUUGCGCUCAGUACCGAAGCACUUGUGGGAAACGGAGACACAACUCUUUACGAACAGCUGAAGGAGUACAUUCUAUCUGAACAAAUGUUGAGAGAGAACAACUUCCCUCUGAAACAUCCAGAAAAAACAGGCGUUGCCGUCCAGUACGGAGCGGUUAAGAAGGCGAUUAGUGAUCCUCUGAAGAGGAUCUGCUGCAGAUGUGGGUCGACUUUCUCUGUCAGCCAGACUGGGAAACACACUCGCAAGGAGGAGUGCACCUACCAUUACGGGAAAGUCAUCGAAAACAAAGUGCCUGGAGGAGUAGAAACACGCUACAGCUGCUGCGAGAGCGCUGUUGGCACGUCGGGGUGCCAGGUUUUUAAGCUCCAUGUUCAUGACAGCGUGAGUCUCCAGGGCUUUGUGAGUACUCUACCUCCACCCUCACCUGGAGCCACCUGCCCAGGUGUCUACGCCCUUGACUGUGAGACUUGUUUUACCACUCAGGGUGUGGAGCUGGUUAGAGUGAGUGUGGUUAGCAGCAGCCUGCAGGUCAUAUACGACACUUUUGUCUGGCCUGAGAAUGACCUCAUUGACCUCAACACCAGGUUUUCAGGCGUGAGCGAGGACGAUGUGAAAGGCUGCAGCGUGUCUUUGCGUGACGUCCAAGCGGCGCUUUUGAGUUUCGUUAACGAAGACACCAUCCUGAUUGGCCACGGUCUGGAAAACGACCUCUGUGCUCUUAAACUCCUCCACAGAACCGUGGUAGACACCUCCGUGGUGUUUCCCCAUCGCCUUGGCCUCCCCCACAGGAGAGAACUACACAGCCUCACUGCCGACCAUCUCAGGAGAAUUAUCCAAGACAGCGCUGAGGGGCAUGACUCGCGGGAGGAUGCGAAGGCUUGUAUGGAGCUGAUACUGUGGAGGGUUAAGGAGGACGCCAAAGUCAGAAGAUGGUGA